GAACCACAGACCACUGUCGUGCACAACCCAGCUGACGGCACCAAGGUAAGCCGCUACUGUACCUCUAUAAUCCCAUAGUCACUAUAGGCUAAUGCUAAAAUACCUUAGAGUGGAUACUAAGGUACCUUAUAGUGGCUAGAGCUCUACUAAGAUACCUUAGAGCGAUGUUAAUGCCAUGAACACUUAACCACUCCACGUCUACUGACAGUCACACUAACUUAGUCGCACUAACCCUCAAAACACACAAGCCACAACUGCUGCAGCAGUCCCUCGCUCGCACAAACCACACUGGCUCAGCCACCAAAAAAGUCACAUACACACCACAAAAGUCACAUACACACCGAAAAAGUAACAUACACACACCCUUAACACACAGUUUGUACCCCACCUCACCAAAAGGCUGUGUUUGGUGUGGGUCCUCAUGCGCUUGCCCUCCUGUCUGCCUGGCUGGUUUGUGCAGGGUUUGUGUUCCUCCGAGGGAGCGUCCGUCCAACCGUUUGUCUGUCCGUCCACCUGGGAAAGGCCUCAUCCAAGUCAUCUCUCAGCACACAGACUAACUCCUGUUAUAUCUCUCUCUCUCUUCCUCUCUUUUCCUUCUCCUCUCUAUCCUCCAUGGUUCUGUCCAUCCCUCUUCUCCCCUACAGGGCUCCACAGAGAGCUGUAACACCACAGAAGAGGAGGAUGUGAAAGGUAGGAAAGGUAUGUCAAACUUUCACGUACUCUGCAUGUUUUCGCACGUCUUGUAUCUAUACACACUGGGGAGAACAAGUAUUUGAUACACUGCCGAUUUUGCAGGUUUUCCUACUUACAAAGCAUGUAGAGGUCUGUCAUUUUUAUCAUAGGUACACUUCAACUGUGAGACGGAAUCUAAAACAAAAAUCCAGAAAAUCACAUUGUAUGAUUUUUAAGUAAGUAAUUUGCAUUUUAUUGCAUGACAUAAGUAUUUGAUACAUCAGAAAAGCAAAACUUAAUAUUUGCUACAGAAACCUUUAUUUGCAAUUAUAGAGAUCAUACGUUUCCUGUAGGUCUUGACCAGGUUUGCACACACGGCAGCAGGGAUUUUGGCCCACUCCUCCAUACAGACCUUCUCCAGAUCCUUCAGGUUUCGGGGCUGUCGCUGGGCAAUACGGACUUUCAGCUCCCUCCAAAGAUUUUCUAUUGUGUUCAGGUCUGGAGACUGGCUAGGCCACUCCAGGACCUUGAGAUGCUUCUUACGGAGCCACUCCUUAGUUGCCCUGGCUGUGUGUUUCGGGUCGUUGUCAUGCUGGAAGACCCAGCCACGACCCAUCUUCAAUGCUCUUACUGAGGGAAGGAGGUUGUUGGCCAAGAUCUCGCGAUACAUGGCCCAAUCCAUCCUCCCCUCAAUACGGUGCAGUCGUCCUGUCCCCUUUGCAGAAAAGCAUCCCCAAAGAAUGAUGUUUCCAACUCCAUGCUUCACGGUUGGGAUGGUGUUCUUGGGGUUUUACUCAUCCUUCUUCUUCCUCCAAACACGGCGAGUGGAGUUUAGACCAAAAAGCUCUAUUUUUGUCUCAUUAGACCACAUGACCUUCUCCAAUUCCUCCUCUGGAUCAUCCAGAUGGUCAUUGGCAAACUUCAGACGGACCUGGACAUGCGCUGGCUUGAGCAGGGGGACCUUGCGUGCGCUGCAGGACUUUAAUCCAUGACGGCGUAUUGUGUUACUAAUGGUUUUCUUUGAGACUGUGGUCCCAGCUCUCUUCAGGUCAUUGACCAGGUCCUGCCGUGUAGUUCUGGGCUGAUCCCUCACCUUCCUCAUGAUCAUUGAUGCCCCAGGAGGUGAGAUCUUGCAUGGAGCCCCAGACCGAGGGUGAUUGACCGUCAUCUUAAACUUCUUCCAUUUUCUAAUAAUUGCGCCAACAGUUGUUGCCUUCUCAACAAGCUGCUUGCCUAUUGUCCUGUAGCCCAUCCCAGCCUUGUGAAGGUCUACAAUUUUAUCCCUGAUGUCCUUACACAGCUCUCUGGUCUUGGCCAUUGUGGGGAGGUUGGAGUCUGUUUGAUUGAGUGUGUGGACAGGUGUCUUUUAUACAGGUAACGAGUUCAAACAGGUGCAGUUAAUAUAGGUAAUGAGUGGAGAACAGGAGGGCUUCUUAAAGAAAAACUAACAGGUCUGUGAGAGCCGGAAUUCUUACUGGUUGGUAGGUGAUCAAAUACUCAUGUCACGCAAUAAAAUGCAAAUGAAUUACUUAAAAAUCAUACAAUGUGAUUUUCUGGAUUUUUGUUUUAGAACCCGUCUCUCACAGUUGAAGUGUACCUAUGAUAAAAAUUACAGACCUCUACAUGCUUUGUAAGUAGGAAAACCUGCAAAAUCGGCAGUGUAUCAAAUACUUGUUCUCCCCACUGUAUCUGUCUGCAAAGGUUUUGGUCAGAAAGACAGGGCUAGAAUUCAAGAUGGGCCUCAGAGAUCUAGGCCAAUGGAUUCUCUUGAGGUAGUGCAUAUUAUUACACGUUUGAAGAAGCCAUAGUUAUGAGACAUGGGGAUACAAAGGGAUCAUUCAUGUGCUCCCGUGUUGUCAAUCCUUCUCCUUCAUUUCUUUAGAAAGACAAGAGAUUAUGAUCAAGGCCUGGGAAGCCUUUGAUGGCCUGAGUUAACUGUCAGGCUGGUGUCUGGGCCUGUGAGGAUCUGGGAGAUGUAUCCUAUAGGAGAUGGAAACACAGAUGGAAGGUGUCUGUAAAUGAGUAUACAUUAUAUGGCUGGAGAGGUAAUGAGGAAGCACUGCCAUAUUGGAGAGCAGCUUUUCCUUUGGUCCUCACAGCUGCUGUGGAGAAGUCAAAGAAGUUUGUAUUCCUACAGAGUGAAAGGAAAUGUCUUGCUAAGAAUGGAAAAUAGCACAGUAGUCUUAGCUUUUCAGACUGUGAGAGACUGGGCGGUCUAGCUGUGGAUGUAGACUAUGCUUUGUCUGAACAAACUACUGAACUAGCACAUGAAGGCCUUAUAUGUCGUUAGAUAGUCUUUAGAAAGUAUCUAGUCUUUAGAUAGUCUCCCCAUUCUUAGUCUCACAGCUCCCCUGGGCUUAAAGAGUUGGCACUCCACCACUCUCAAACCUGUGUGUGUGUAUGUGUGUGUGCUUGCGCAUGUGCGCUAUCAGUCUGCACCCAGAGCUCAAUAACAUGGAUAACAGGGCUCUCCUGUUCAGAAGAGUUGUGAAACCGUGGGUUUACAGGUGUGCAAACUUAGCCUUUUAAGGCUCGUUCAAACUGCGGUGUUUAGAUAACAACUUCAUCCUAUUUUAACUGGUUGCUUAAACAGUGUUGACGAGUGGCGGCUUCAUCUGGGAAACAAGUGUCUCCACUCAGUUCAUCACGGUCGGGGCCUCACGGCACAGCUCACCCUGGGAAAACCAGGCUUUUAUGAGGGCACCCUCGUGUCAAGUCGUCAGGAAAACAUAGCAACAUACUCCAGGACCGACAGGCUCUCUGGCACUAACUUCAUCGUGCCGAUGAGUGUAAAGGCCCCACAUUCUGAGGGAGGGUGAAAAAAUGUGCCAACACAGAGGCCUCUUUCAGAUCCUAAACACAGAGACACAGAUACAGACGCGCGCACAUAGACAUCGGAACCGAUGAAAGCACAUGUCAAUCGUCACUCUCAUACAGUAUUUCCAGAGACCUACAGUGCCUUCAGAAAGUAUUCACACACCUUGACUUUUUCCACAUUUAGUUGUCUUACAGCCUGAAUUUAAAAUGGAUUAAAUUGAGAUUUUUGGUCACUGGCCUACACACAAUACCCCAUAAUGUCAAAGGGGAAUUAUGUUAUUUUUUUAGUUUUUACAAAUUAAUACAAAAUGAAAAGCUGAAAUGUCUGAAAAGUAUUCAACCCCUUUGUUAUAGCAAGCCUAAAUGAGUUCAGGAGUAAACAUUUGCUUAACAAGUCACAUAAUAAGUUGCAUGGACUCACUCUGUGUGCAAUAAUAGUUUAACAUGAUUUUUGAAUGACUAUCUCAUCUCUGUACCCCACACAUACAAUUAUCUGAAAGGUCUCUCAGUCGAGCAGUGAAUUUCAAAAACAGAUUCAACAACAAAGACCAGGGAGGUUUUCCAAUGCCUCACCAAGGGCACCUAUUGGUAGAUUGAAGAAAAAGAAAAAAAAAAGUAGACAUUGAAUAUCCCUUUGAGCAUGGUGAAGUUAUUAAUUACACUUUGGAUGGUGUAUCAAUACACCCAGUCACUACAAAGAUGCAGGAGUCCUUCCUAACCCAGUUGCCGGAGAGGAAAGACACUGCUCAGGGAUUUCACCAUGAGGCAAAUGGUGACUUUAAAACAGUUACAAAGUUUAAUGGCUGUGAUAGGAGAAAACUGAAGAUGGAUCAACAACAUUGUAGUUACUCUACAAUACUAACUUAAUUGACAGAAUGAAAAGAUGGCGUGUACUGAAUAAAAAUAUUCCAAAACAUGAAUCCUGUUUGCAACAAAGCACUAAAGUAAUACUGCAAAAAAUGUGGCAAAGCAAUUCACUUUUUGUCCUGAAUACAAAGUGUUAUGUUUGGGGCAAAUCCAAUACAGGACAUUACUAAGUACCACUCUCCAUAUUUUCAAGCAUAGAGGUAGCUGCAUCAUGUUAGGGGUAUGCUUGUAAUCGUUAAGGACUGGGGAGUUUUUCAGGAUAAAAAAGAAAGGGAAUGGAGCCAAGCACAGGCAAAAUCUACAGGUUUAUCUAUUUAUUUGUUCUUCUUUUUUUUUGUUCUUCAUUCUUACAUACGUUUGGUAACAUGAGCUCAUGUGUGCACAGUUUUUUACAUUUAUGGUAUUAGUUUUCUUUUGUGGUGUUGCAUUCAGUGUUUUUUUUAUUAUUAUUGUGGAGCUGUAUGACAGUAUGGGUCGCUGUGGCUCUCAGCACUGAUGUAGUCUCACAAAGAGUGCUGUGAAGCGCUCCUAACGGGACGUGGAUACUGAGUGCUGGCCAAGUGGCUAUACACACACUCCUCCAAGGAGAUCGGCAUAGCUGGAAUGCAAAAUAGGUUGUUAACGUUGUGUGUCAGACAUUGAACAUGUAACACUGUGGUGUCUUCUGAUUUGUGAGGUGUGUGUACAGUGUAGUCUCACGCCUCUGUUUCUCUGGCUAGUUGUGAUGGGCUGGGAUUAUAUAUAUUGUGUCUCACACACCCCUCCCUGUGUGUCUUUGUGUACGGUGGUGGUGGGAUAUAUAAUGUGUUGCGGGUUUUGUUAGUGCAUGGUUGGGUUGGGGUGUAGUGUUUUCUCUUGGUAAAAUAGUAGAUUGUACAGAACUGUGUCUGAUCCUCCUGUGUCUCUCUCUGGCGUGUGUGUGUGUUGUGGUGGGGGCAGUUUCUGCGUGCGGGUGUAGCGCGGACAGCGCAAUGGUCAGCCAGUGCAGUGCCAGUGAGGAACAGACCCAGGCCCAGCCCCCUCACUGUCCUCCCUCCUGUAAGUCAGCAGCAGUACCACCCCUCUCCUCUCAAAUCUGACCUUUGUGUCCUUUCCCCCCUUUGAACUCAUUUAUAUUGUCCCCUUAAUAUUGUUCCCCUAAGGCUGUCUGUCCCCAUAAUACUGUCCCCAUAAUACUGUCCCCAUGAGACUGUCCCCAUCAUACUGUCCCCAUGAGACUGUCUCCAUCAUACUGUCCCCAUGAGACUGUCUCCCUAAGACUGUCCCCAUGAGACUGUCUCCCUAAGACUGUCCCCAUAAUACUGUUCCUGCAAGACUCUUCCUGUAUUAAUAUUAGGGUCUAGAUUCAAUCCGUAGUGCUGUAGUUCCGCGUUGUAGCCUGAUUGACAUUUAAAGGCAAUGUUCCCACUUUAGCGGAGACUGCAUUCACGGUACACGCUGCAUAUGUUGGCUCAAUCGGAAAUUACCUUUACAUUUCAAGCACGCUACAGCGCUAGAACUUCGGCGAUAUGGAUUGAAUCCAACCGAAGAGUGUCUCGAUUGGGACAAUACAGACAAGGUCCCCCUCACUAUCUUCAAUAGAGCUAUAUCAGCUGCUGAUCUUCAGUUUGUUUGUAUGUAUAUAACUUGACCACCCACUAAAAAAGGAACUAAUUAUCACAAUCACUAAUAAUUUUGAUCAAAUUAUUUCAGACAAAUGCAUACUAAGACAAUAUUAAUUUGGACAGUCAUUAGCCAAUGGCCGUUUCCGAAAUCUGUCUUGCCUACUACUUACUUAAACUGCAUACUGUGUACUACUUACUAUUUAGAACAUACUGUUUUAGUAAAAACAAAUGCAACAAAUGUCAGCAUACUAGGCUCAUCCUACUGAGAAUGCGUAAUCUAAUGCGCAAUUGCGUAGAUUCCGGCCAUUCGUUCAUUUUGAAAAUAAGUAUGGACUCCUGGCAUUUAAAGCAUACUUCAUUUUCAAAAUUUCACGUACUAUAAAACUGUAUUUUUUUGCAUACCCAAAAUGCCUACUAUUUAGAACGCAAGUACGGGUAUUCGGACAUGGCCAGUGACUUAGUGAUCCAAAAAAUGUAAUCCCAAAAAUAUUUCACCGUUAAAAGUUUCCAGAUUGCUGCGGAGUGAUUGGAGUGAGUGUGACUCCUGCGUCUCAGUGUGUGACAUUUUAAAAAUGUGUCUCACAUCUCUCCUGCUUAUCUCUGUGUCAGCUCAUCAGACUGAAGCUACUCAGCUGUCCUAUCUAUCACUCAGCCUGUUCCAGUCCCUCUCAGACCUUGCCAAAAGCAUGGACCAUAUCCGCUUUGCUAUGACAAAAACGUUAUCAUGCUGUGCUCAAGUGCUGUGUAUAGACACAUUGUUUUGCACAGACAUGCGUUCACUGUUGGCUUACUGUUGGCCUUCCCUAGUCAUUGAAGUGAAAACCUGAAUCUGGGACCCAGUGUCCUACCUGUAGCUUCUACGUCUCUCUCCGUUCCUCUCCCUACAUUACAUAUUCCUCCCUUUCUCUUCCCCUCCUUUCUCUGACAGAGAGAAUAAAUAAUGCUGACCUUCUGAGGCUCACUGGCCUUUUAAUUUAUUUAUCUCUCCCCAUGGCCCUGACACAGACACCCAGCCUGACAGCUGAGCAGACCAUAGACAGACAGCAAGCUGGACUAGACACAGGCUGGAUCUCAAUAAGCCUAGGCUUUCUCUUCUUUUUCUCACUUGCACUAGUUGAUAGGACUGGACUGGUGACAUCAGCAAAUCCCUCAUCAGGUCUCUGAAGAGAGGAAGCCAUUGUAGACUUUUGAGAUCAAUUGAGAUCCACCCCUAGACUUUGGCCUGCUCCGGUCGUCGGCUCAUUAAACAGCCACCCCUAUCCCUGAGGUGUCUCUGUCUGUCUGUACUCCUACUUCCUCAUUCUGGCAGUAUCCUCCUCUGUGGUGGCCUGUAACUGGCUUUAGUGCUUGAAUGCUGUCCCCUGCUGGCCAUGAGGCCACAGUGUCUUCUCCAUCUCCUGCUGUCAGUGUUCACUGGUGUCCCCUCUGUCAUUCUGUGUGACGCUAUGCCCAUUGGUAUAUCUAAGUUGUUAUUAGUGUAUGGAUGUUCUUCUUCUAAGUUUGGUUUCUAUGUAACAUGUCCUUUAUAUAACUCCAUUGCAUGUGGGCAUUGUGCUCCUCUCAGAGCUGUGUGAAGUUAUAUGUUAACUUAUAUAGACUAUGUAACAACUGCCAUUCGAGUGCACAAUAUUCCAGUUUGAGAAAAUGGGUCUUGUUGUCCUAUCAGUUUUUUAUUUUUUAUUUUUUUGUCUGAUUUGAUUGCUUACAUGGUUGCCAUUUUGUUGCUGUUGUCACAUUGUCUUCCAGCUGCCCCACUGCAUGAUGAUGCUAAGCACACUUUUGCUAAUUGGAAAAGUUCAGGUCAUAGCUCCUGCCCUGACUUAGAGCAAGCUCUGCCUGUGCCACCCUCCGUGGCCCCAGGGGGCAGCAACACGCAGCUGAGUAAGUUCAGCCCUGGGGCAGCUAUGCUACGCAGUAGAGCUAGUUACACGCACACCACACACACACAGCAUUCCACUGGCUUUCAUUACUAACCCUGCCUCGCAGUUAUGCUACUGCUAUAUUUAUGUGACAGUAACAUAUAGGCUACAGUACAAUACCAAGCUUCUAUAACGCCAGGCUUGAGCUGCUUUUUGCCAGUUCAUCAUUCCUGUGGGAAUAUGAACUAUAUAUAUAUAUAUAUAUAUAUAUAUAUAUAUAUAUAUAUAUAUAUAUAUAUAUAUAUAUACACACAUAUAUAUAUACACAUAUAUAUAUGUGUAUAUAUAUAUACACAUAUAUAUAUAUACACAUAUAUAUAUGUGUAUAUAUAUAUACAUAUACACAUAUAUAUAAAUACAUAUACACAUGUGUGUAUAUAUAUAUAUAUAUAUAUAUAUAUAUAUAUAUAUAUAUAUACAGUGGGGGAAAAAAGUAUUUAGUCAGCCACCAAUUGUGCAAGUUCUCCCACUUAAAAAGAUGAGAGAGGCCUGUAAUUUUCAUCAUAGGUACACGUCAACUAUGACAGACAAAUUGAGAAAAGAAAAUCCAGAAAAUCACAUUGUAGGAUUUUUUAUGAAUUUAUUUGCAAAUUAUGGUGGAAAAUAAGUAUUUGGUCACCUACAAACAAGCAAGAUUUCUGGCUCUCACAGACCUGUAAAUUCUUCUUUAAGAGGCUCCUCUGUCCUCCAAUCGUUACCUGUAUUAAUGGCACCUGUUUGAACUUGUUAUCAGUAUAAAAGACACCUGUCCACAACCUCAAACAGUCACACUCCAAACUCCACUAUGGCCAAGACCAAAGAGCUGUCAAAGGACACCAGAAACAAAAUUGUAGACCUGCACCAGGCUGGGAAGACUGAAUCUGCAAUAGGUAAGCAGCUUGGUUUGAAGAAAUCAACUAUUGGAGCAAUUAUUAGGAAAUGGAAGACAUACAAGACCACUGAUAAUCUCCCUCGAUCUGGGGCUCCACGCAAGAUCUCACCCCGUGGGGUCAAAAUUAUCACAAGAACGGUGAGCAAAAAUCCCAGAACCACACGGGGGGACCUAGUGAAUCACCUGCAGAGAGCUGGGACCAAAGUAACAAAGCCUACCACACUACGCCGCCAGGGACUCAAAUCCUGCAGUGCCAGACGUGUCCCCCUGCUUAAGCCAGUACAUGUCCAGGCCCGUCUGAAGUUUGCUAGAGUGCAUUUGGAUGAUCCAGAAGAGGAUUGGGAGAAUGUCAUAUGGUCAGAUGAAACCAAAAUAUAACUUUUUGGUAAAAACUCAACUCGUCGUGUUUGGAGGACAAAGAAUGCUGAGUUGCAUCCAAAGAACACCAUACCUACUGUGAAGCAUGGGGGUGGAAACAUCAUGCUUUGGGGCUGUUUUUCUGCAAAGGGACCAGGACGACCGAUCCGUGUAAAGGAAAGAAUGAAUGGGGCCAUGUAUCGUGAGAUUUUGAGUGAAAACCUCCUUCCAUCAGCAAGGGCAUUGAAGAUGAAACGUGGCUGGGUCUUUCAGCAUGACAAUGAUCCCAAACACACCGCCCGGGCAACGAAGGAGUGGCUUCGUAAGAAGUAUUUCAAGGUCCUGGAGUGGCCUAGCCAGUCUCCAGAUCUCAACCCCAUAGAAAAUCUUUGGAGGGAGUUGAAAGUCUGUGUUGCCCAGCGACAGCCCCAAAACAUCACUGCUCUAGAGGAGAUCUGCAUGGAGGAAUGGGCCAAAAUACCAGCAACAGUGUGUGAAAACCUUGUGAAGACUUACAGAAAACGUUUGACCUGUGUCAUUGCCAACAAAGUGUAUAUAACAAAGUAUUGAGAAACUUUUGUUAUUGACCAAAUACUUAUUUUCCACCAUAAUUUGCAAAUAAAUUCAUAAAAAAUCCUACAAUGUGAUUUUCUGGAUUUUUUCUCCUCAUUUUGUCUGUCAUAGUUGACGUAUACCUAUGAUGAAAAUUACAGGCCUCUCUCAUAUUUUUAAGUGGGAGAACUUGCACAAUUGGUGGCUGACUAAAUGUUUUUUUCCCCCACUGUAUAUAUAUAUAUUUAUUUGAACAGUGAGAGACAGAAUAACAACAACAAAAUCCAGGUCAAAACUUUUAUAAAUUGAUUUGCAUUUUAAUGAGGGAAAUAAGUAUUUGACCCCCUCUCAAUCAGAAAGAUUUCUGGCUCUCAGGUGUCUUUUAUACAGGUAACGAGCUGAGAUUAGGAGCACACUCUUAAAGGGAGUGCUCCUAAUCUCAGCUUGUUACCUGUAUAAAAGACACCUGUCCACAGAAGCAAUCAAUCAAUCAGAUUCCAAACUCUCCACCAUGGCCAAGACCAAAGAGCUCUCCAAGGAUGUCAGGGACAAGAUUGUAGACCUACACAAGGCUGGAAUAGGCUACAAGACCAUCGCCAAGCAGCUUGGUGAGAAGGUGACAACAGUUGGUGCGAUUAUUCGCAAAUGGAAGAAACACAAAAUAACUGUCAAUCCUUGUGGAGUUGCAAUGAUCAUGAGAAUGGUGAGGAAUCAGCCCAGAACUACACGGAAGGAUCUUGUCAAUGAUCUCAAGGCAGCUGGGACCAUAGUCACCAAGAAAACAAUUGGUAACGCACUACGCCGUGAAGGACUGAAAUCCUGCAGCACUCGCAAGGUCCCCCUGCUCAAGAAAGCACAUAUACAGGGCCGUCUGAAGUUUGCCAAUGAACAUCUGAAUGAUUCAGAGGAGAACUGGGUGAAAGUUUUGUGGUCAGAUGAGACCAAAAUCGAGCUCUUUGACAUCAACUCAACUCGCCGUGUUUGGAGGAGGAGGAAUGCUGCCUAUGACCCCAAGAACACCAUCCCCACCGUCAAACAUGGAGGUGGAAACAUUAUGCUUUGGGGGUGUUUUUCUGCUAAGGGGACAGGACAACUGACGAUGGACGGGGCCAUGUACCGUCAAAUCUUGGGUGAGAACCUCCUUCCCUCAGCCAGGGCAUUGAAAAUAGGUAGUGGAUGGGUAUUCCAGCAUGACAAUGACCCAAAACACACGGCCAAGGCAACAAAGGAGUGGCUCAAGAAGAAGCACAUUAAGGUCCUGGAGUGGCCUAGCCAGUCUCCAGACCUUAAUCCCAUAGAAAAUCUGUGGAGGGAGCUGAAGGUUCGAGUUGCCAAACGUCAGCCUCAAAACCUUAAUGACUUGGAGAAGAUCUGCAAAGAGGAGUGGGACAAAAUCCCUCUUGAGAUAUGUGCAAACCUGGUGGCCAACUACAAGAAACGUCUGACCUCUGUGAUUGCCAACAAGGGUUUUGCCACCAAGUACUAAAUCAUGUUUUGCAGAGGGGUCAAAUACUUAUUUCCCUCAUUAAAAUGCAAAUCAAUUUAUAACAUUUUUGACAUGCAUUUUUCUUGAUUUUUGUUGUUGUUUUUCUGUCUCUCACUGUUAAAAUAAACCUACCAUUAAAAUUAUAGACUGAUCAUGUCUUUGUCAGUGGGCAAAUGUACAAAAUCAGCAGGGGAUCAAAUACUUUUUUCCCUCACUCUAUAUAUUUAUAUAAGCUGUGCUGUGUGGAAUUUCUCGACUCUGCUGGCAGGUUGUCUGGCGUGUCUAUGUGUCACCCUCCCAGAUGACAUUUCAGUGAGCCCAGUUGGUUUGUGUGUCACUUGUCUGAUGAGUGUGUGGUUGAGGAUGGAGUUGUAGACAGAGUUGAGCUUUAGACCAGGAAUUAUAUAACAAAACACCAACACAUCUGAAGUAACUUAGGAGAAUCAGAAACUUGCACUUGAGAUUCAGGGAAGUGAAACUGUUCAAAAACUCAAACAUUGCCAGGUGCUUUGGGUAGGGCAGACUAUUAGAAUGGAAAGAGAGCUGGACUGCAGCUCAGUUGGGGCCUGUUAGGGUAGUUUCUAUGAGAUUGGUGGUCCCCAGUAGUGCUGCUGUAAGCUGUGUCUUGUACAACCAAACAACAAUAAGCAUGGAUGACAUUGUAAAAAGUCUCUGCAAUCAGUACCAUACAGGAAAGGGCUAGUGAGUUAGGUGAAGCAUGGGGAGGGAGGGGUUCUGCAUGCUGAUCUUAAAGUAUUUCUGACUGGAGCACUCUUAAGGUCUCUCUAAUCCCAUCUGGCCAUCUUUCUCUCCUGCCGUUUAUCUAUCUAUCUAUCGUUCACUGGAUUUCAGCUCGCAAACAGGAGAUCAUCAAGAUUACUGAGCAGCUGAUUGAGGCCAUCAACAAUGGAGACUUUGAGGCUUACACGUGAGUUUACAUACAUAGAUUGUGUGAGUGCAUACAUUUCAUACCUCCUGGUUUAAAACUGACCCUAACCCUGCUGAUUUUCCUUCCAGGAGAAUCUGUGACCCCGGACUAACCUCAUUUGAACCUGAGGCUUUGGGAAACCUGGUGGAGGGCAUGGACUUCCACAAGUUCUACUUUGAGAACUGUAAGCAUCUCUUAUCAACAGGGAACUUGAUGUUGUUGUCAUUCCACAAAUGGUGCGCUUUGGGUAGUGUAAUUUGAUCAAAAAUAACGAUUUAUUUCACCUUAUUUUAACACUGUCGUAAAGAGCAUAAAAAAUGUUUUACCAUCAAAAAAAAAAGACUAGAAAAGUGCCCAUCUUAAAUCAGGCUAAACUCCCCUUGAUACAGGGGGAACGUAAGCUUGUUCUGUGCAACAUGGAGGGGGAAUUUUUAUUUGUUGAAACAUUUAUAGCUUAUCAAUCUAUGGGUAACAUGGUUGGCGCAAAAGUGGAAGAGGAAAGUGGAAGGGGGAGAAAGUAAGGAACUGUCUGUCGGCCUUGCAUUAAAGAACAUAAUUGGUUAAGGAAAACUGAUAAAUAAAAAAGUAUAUCAGUUUCACUUAAGGACCAAAGGAUUGACAGCCGUCCCAUAUAGAUUGCAAAAUAGUUGGGAAGAGAUUAUUGACGUACCGAUCCCAUGGCAUAGUGUUUAUGAACUGACACGCAAAACGACACCGGAUUCAAAAAUUAGAAUCUUUCAAUUUAAAUUAUUAUAUAAAAUUAUUGCGACCAAUAGAAUGUUAUUUAUAUGGGGGAUACAAUCUUCCCAGCUCUGCAGAUUUUGCUGUGAAGAGACAGAAUCAUUAGAUCAUUUGUUUUGGUUCUGUCCAUUUGUAGCUUGUUUUUGGACACAGGUCCAGGAAUGGCUAAAGGAUUUACCUGGAGCUAACCUUGCAGAUUGCAUUACUGGGUGAUCUGAAAAGUCAUAGUCAAUCGAUCAAUAAUAUAAUAAUACUUUUAGCAAAAAUGUUUAUUUUUAAUUCACAAUCUGUAGAAGCAAUGAGAAUAGAAAGGUUCAGAACUUUUGUUAAACAUCACAGUACGGUUGAAAUAUAUAUGGCAAAUAGAAAUCCUAUAUGGAUGGUGUUAAGAGAUAGAUGGGAGGUAUUGAAUGGAGUUGAAGGAUGGGACUAAUAACAAAUAACAACAAAUAAUAACAAGAUAACUAAUAAUGUAAGCAUACUGUGUCCAUAAUAAGUAUAUAGGUUGUAUGUUGGGAGCUUUUGGGAAAGAGCACAGUUAGAAAGAUAUGGCAUAUAGAAGCAAACCGGAUGGACAUCAUGGGAAUGAUCGGAGAGGUUGAGAGUAGAAGAGUUUCAGGAGCAAAAACAAAUAAAAUAUAAUUAUUGUAAAAUGUACUGUGUCCAUAAGGUGUAGAUAGUAAGUAUAGGCUGGAAGUAGAGGCCUGGGCAUUGUUGUUCACUAAUUUACCCCAAGUAGGGAAAGGAUGGCGGGGUUGAAAAGUAAUAAAGGGGAGUAUAUAUAUAAAAAACAUGGGGGAUUGGAAGUGAUGCAGACAAUUACAUUGAUAGAAGUUACAAUCUAUCUGCAAUAUUAAGCUGAUCUACCCCAAAGAAAAAAAAAGAAAAACAUGGUUGGCGUGGUAUGCUCGACGCGAUCAGUUUUCUAAUACAAAGACCAGAAAAUUGUCAAAAAGAGUAGAACCAGUUCACCUGUAAAAAAAAUAAUUAAAGGGAUAGUUUUACCAUAUUAAAACGAGAGUUCAGUUCAUGUUACAGGGUUUACCUUAAACCUGAGGGACAAAUGUAAAUGAAUCAUUAAUGACAUGGGCUUUACAAUUUUUGUGCAAACUUGGGAAAAUUGUGGGAUUAAGUGGGUUAAAAUCUUCCUAGAUUUGGACAAACAUGAUGUGGGACAUGCCAAAAUUGGGAUUUUCAGAGAAAGCAAAACUUAUUUGAAUGAAAACACACUGCUAUUGGAAUUUUUACAUGGUUUAAUUUUGUUAAAGCAUAGAUGUAUGUGAUCCAACUGUUGAAUUUAGUGUUUUAUAAAAAUGUACACAAUAUUUGUGACACAAAAUGUACUAUUCGUGGAACUACCCUGUUAUUGUGUUCAUUGUUGUAUUUUUUUUAUUUACCAGGUAAGUCACUGAGCACACUAUUUUACGCUAAUGGCUUGGUAGGUCUUUCUCUAUUGGAAUCUAAUCAAGGAUGAAGUCCAUUUAAAUACCAACUUAUGCAAGUUGAUGACUGUGUGUCCUUGUCUCCUAUGUAGUGUUGAGUAAGAACAGUAAGCCGGUCCACACCACCAUCCUGAACCCCCAUGUGCACCUGAUCGGGGAGGAUGCGGCCUGCAUCGCCUACAUCCGCCUGACGCAGUACAUCGACAGCCAGGGACGCCCGCGCUCCUGCCAGUCAGAGGAGACCCGCGUGUGGCACCGCCGCGAUGCCAAGUGGCUCAACGUGCAUUUCCACUGUUCAGGAGCGCCUGCCGCACCUCUCCAGUGA